GGGUCAUCGAUGUAAAGUUUUCUCAUUCCUUAGUGAAACAGACGAUCUCGAAAGCCAGAUCGACAAAGCUUCGAAAGGCUCUUUAGCAAAUUCGCAAAACGAUAACGUUUCCGGUGAAAACGAACUCUACUACUACACAAAUUUCAGGAACAGUUUCUUCUCCUGCUUUUCGUAUGACGCUACAAAGUAGUUGUGUGAGACCGUGAUUGAGGUAUUGUUGAAGUUUGUGAAGAUGGGUGUUUGCCAUAAUCAAGGUUCUAAUAUGUUGGCCAUUGAUUUAUCCAGGAAAAGGAAGCGAAGAGACGGCGUUAACGUGGCCGAGACACUCGCAAAAUGGAAGAAACAUAAUGCCAUUCUCGAGUCCUAUGAUAGUGAGAAUAAAACAUUGCGAAAAGUCCCUGCGAAGGGCUCGAAGAAGGGCUGUAUGAAAGGCAAAGGAGGGCCGGAAAAUGCAAGGUGUAAUUAUAGAGGUGUGAGGCAGAGGACUUGGGGCAAGUGGGUUGCAGAGAUAAGGCAGCCGAACAGGGGAAAGAGGCUGUGGCUUGGUACUUUUCCCACUGCUGUUGAGGCUGCUCUUGCUUAUGAUGAAGCUGCCAGGGCAAUGUAUGGUUCUGCUGCCCGAAUUAAUUUGCCAGACGUUUCCAACUCAAAUGAGUAUUUGAAAGAUUCUGAAUCCACAACGACAUCUAAUCGGUCUGAGGUUGAGGAUUCUAAAUUGAGGAACGAUGUUAGGGAAGCUGAAUCUGGAAUUAAUACUGCUCCUGAAGUCAAAUUGUCUAGUAGUCCAGAGAAACCCAAAACUAAAGAUGAGCCCUUGGAUGAUGAACAGUAUGAUAGGAACCCAGAAGUGAGAGAUGAGGCUGCUUUGGGUGCCACUUGUGCCUCCCAAUCGGAAUUUAAGGAAGAACCUUUGAAUCUAGAAGACAACAGUUGGAUGGACAAUGAAGAAUGGCCAAAUAUGUCAAUGGAGGAGAUGUUCGAUGUGAAUGAGCUGUUGAAUAUGUUAGAUAGAAAUCCUCUUUGCAUCCCCGAACCAAAGGUUGAGACGAGUUUUGACACUCUUGAUCAACUAGAACUACUUGGCCAUAUCCCAGAUGAGAAAUCGUCAGAAUUGUCUUACCAGCUGCCAAAUCAAUAUGGGAAUAUGACUGGUGGCUUCCAUACGGAGCAGGGAGCUUCAGAUUACGUCCUUCAAUUCCUGGAACAAGAGGAUAGCAAUGACUUUGGGUUUUGAAGACACCCCAGUUUAAUUAAACAUUGCAGCUGAUCAAGUUUUAAUGUCUCAGUUGGUCAUCAACAAUUAGUAAGUCUAAAGUAGGUCCUGAUGAUCUUGGUCCCAGAUGAACUUUGUGAACUGACUGCUUAAAGAGCUUACACUCUUUAGGUUUUAGAUUACACAAUGGAGCCAUUAUACUUGUUUCAGCACCAUCAUGGGUGGGGGGUUGGAUGUUGCUUAUAUCAGUUACAAAUGAUUUAGUUGCAAAAUUCUUUGUUGCAAAUACAGAAGUACUCAGUUUAUAUUAUAAUCCUGUUCAAAAGUUAAAAGAUUUCAAUAUAUUCCAUACUGGAUACAAAUUCUGAGUU